AUGACGUCAUUUUAACGUUUACAAGAUAUUUUGAUAAUUGGACCGGGUAAUAGCUUUUGAUACGUGCAACCAAUUUUAGAGCCAUCAUCAGGAUUUUAUAUAAGGUGAUACCUUUUCCUUUUUGAAAGACUAGCCCUCUACAAUAUCUUCGUCAAGAGAAUUACAACAAAAACACGUAAAACACAAAAGCAAGAUUACAAGAUGGAAGACGAAGAUGUUCUGGACAGAAUUAUGAGACACAGAUUUCUGUUGGGGACGUUUGAUGGUGAUAGUAUUAGGGCAAGAGACGCAUCAUCCCCAGAAACAAGCGAAGCAGCUCCAGAAAUUGUUACUGCAACAGACGAACAACCUCCAGAAACAAGCGAACUAGGUGCAACAGCAAGUGAACCAACACCCGAAAAAGAAAUUGAAACACCACCCCCAGAAGAUAUCGAACCACCCCCCCCAGAAGAAAUUGAACCGCCACCGCCAGAAGAAAUCGAACCUUCUCCACAAGAAGAUGUUGUACCUGCAGAGGACAUAGUGCCAGAGGAGACUGACCAAAGCAUCAAGGCUGAAAUGAAAGAUGAUACUCGUGGCGGAAAAGCGCAAUAUCGUCCAGACAGUCACAACACUGCAGAUAAUGAAGAUGAUCUGGACAGAAUCAUGAGGCAGAGAUUUCUCUCAUUGUCGGAGGAUAGUGAUGACUUUCCGAGAAGACGUGAACCACCUCCAGAAGAAAUUGAACCACCACCCCCAGAAGAUAUAGAACCACCACCCCCAGAAGAAAUCGAACCACCACCUCCAGAAGAAAUUGAACCACCCCCCCCAGAAGAAAUCGUUGCCCCAUCCCCAGAAGAAAUCGAACCUUCUCCACAAGAUGUUGCACCUGCAGAUGACAUAGCGCCAGACCAGACUGACGAAAGCAUCAAGGCUGAAAUGGAAGACGAGACUGGCACUUAUCAGAGUCCUGUGCUAACGGAUCUUGUUAAGAAGCUCAACAAACCAGCAGGAGGACUGGAAGGAUUGCUGGGCACGCCAGACGAAGAACCAAUGGUGUUCCGCAGGGCCAUGUAUUAUCCAGAUGAUUACAACACUACAGAUGACGAAGAUAUUCUGGACAGAAUCAAUAGGCAUAGACAUAUCUUGGGGACGAAGGAUGGUAAUGGUUAUCUGAGAAGAAGUGAACCACCCCCAGAAAUGAGCGAAGUAGCUCCAGUAAUUGCUACUGCCACAGACGAACAACCCCCAGAAGAAAUCGAACCUCCGCCCCCAGAAGAAAGUGAACCACUACCCCCAGAAGAAAUCGAACCGCCACUGCCAGAAGAAAUUGAACCGCCAUCGCCAGAAGAAAUUGAACCUUCUCCACAAGAAGACACUGCACCUGCAGAAGACAUAGCACCAGAGAUGACUGACGAAAGCAUCAAGGCUGAAAUGGAAGACGAGACUGUACCAACGGAGCCUGAUGAGAAGCGUGGGUCACCACAGUAUCGUCCAGACGAUCACAACACUGCAGAUAACGAAGAUGAUCUGGACAGAAUCAUGAGGCAGAGAUUUCUCUCGUUGUCGGAGGAUAGUGACGACUUUCCGAGAAGAAGUGAACGACAACCAGAAAUGAGUGAAGUAGCUCCAGUAACUGCAACAGAUGAACAACCCCCAGAAGAAAUCGAACCUCCGCCCCCAGAAGAAAGCGAACCACUACCCCCAGAAGAAAUCAAACCACCACUGCCAGAAGAAAUUGAACCGCCAUCGCCAGAAGAAAUUGAACCUUCUCCACAAGAAGACACUGCACCUGCAGAAGACAUAGCACCAGAGAUGACUGACGAAAGCAUCAAGGCUGAAAUGGAAGACGAGACUGUACCAACGGAGCCUGAUGAGAAGCGUGGGUCACCACAGUAUCGUCCAGACGAUCACAACACUGCAGAUAACGAAGAUGAUCUGGACAGAAUCAUGAGGCAGAGAUUUCUCUCAUUGUCGGAGGAUAGUGACGACUUUCCGAGAAGAAGUGAACGACAACCAGAAAUGAGUGAAGUAGCUCCAGUAACUGCAACAGACGAACAACCCCCAGAAGAAAUCGAACCUCCACCUCCAGAAGAAAUCGAACCGCCACCUCCAGAAGAAAUUGAACCUCCGCCCCCAGAAGAAAGUGAACCACCGCCCCCAGAAGAAAUUGAACCACCACCAGAAGAAACCGAGCCACCCCCACCAGAAGAAACUGAGCCACCCCCACCAGAAGAAACCGAGCCACCCCCACCAGAAGAAAGCGAACCACCGCCACCAGAAGAAAUCGAGCCACCACCUCCAGAAGAAACCGAACCACCCCCACCAGAAGAAAGCGAAGCACCACCCCCAGAAGAAAUCGAACCUUCUCCAGAAGAAGCUGUUGCACCUGUAGAGGGUGUAGCGCCAAAGGAGAGUGACGGGCGCAUCCAGGCUGAAAUGGAGAAAGAUACUCCCUGCGGCCUUGACACGUGUCGGAGUCGUUUUCUGACGAAGCUUGUUCCGAUGCUCAGUGAACCACCGGAAGGAGAUCUGGGGACGGAGGAGGAGAACCCACAGUAUCUUCGUCUUGAUGACUACAACGUAACUGAUAACGAAGAUAUUCUGGACAGAAUCAUGAGAAACAGAUUUCUCUUGAGGUCAAAGGAUAGUGAUGAUGCUCAGAAAAAAGAUGAACCACCCCCAGAAAUGAGCGAAGUAGUUCCAGUAAUUGCUACUGCAUCAGAUCAACAACCCCCAGAAGAAAUUGAACCACCACCCCCAGAAGAAAUUGAACCUCCACCCAUAGAAGAAAUCGAACCACCAUCCCCAGAAGAAACUGAACCUCCAUCCCUAGAAGAAACCGAGCCACCCCCACCAGAAGAAACCGAGUCACCCCCACCAGAAGAAAUCGAGCCACCACCUCCAGAAGAAAGCGAAUUACAAGCCCUAGAAAGCGAACCACCACCCCCAGAAGAAAUCGAACCACCACCACCAGAAGAAAGCGAACCUUCUCCACAAGAAGCUGUUGCACCUGUAGAGGACGUAGCGCCAAAGGAGAGUGAUGGGCGCAUCCGGGCUGAAAUGGAGAAAGAUACUCCCUGUGGCCUUGACACGUGUCGGAGUCGUUUUCUGACGAAGCUUGUUCCGAUGCUCAGUGAACCACCGGAAGGAGAUCUGGGCACGGAGGAGGAGAACCCACAGUAUCUUCGUCUUGAUGACUACAACGUAACGGAUGACGAAGACAUUCUGGACAGAAUCAUGAGAAACAGAUUUCUCUUGGGGUCAAAGGAUAGUGAGGAUGCUGGGGAAAAAGAUGAACCACCCUCAGAAAUGAGCGAAGUAGCUCCAGUAAUUCCUACUACAUCAGAUCAACAACCCGCAGACGAAAUUGAGACACCAGCCCCAGAAGAAAGGGAACUACAACAAUUUGAAAGCACACCAACACCCCCAGAAGAAAUCGAACCAACCCCCCUAGAAGAAAUUGAACCUCCACCCCAAGAAGAAACCGAACCACCACUCCCAGAAGAAAUUGAACCUCCAAACCCAGAAGAAAUUGAACCUCCCCCACCAGAAGAAACUGAGCCACCCCCACCAGAAGAAACUGAGCCACCCCCACCAGAAGAAAGCGAACCUUCUCCACAAGAAGCUGUUGCACCUGUAGAGGACGUAGCGCCAAAGGAGAGUGACGGGCGCAUCCGGGCUGAAAUGGAGAAAGAUACUCCCUGUGGCCUUGACACGUGUCGGAGUCGUUUUCUGACGAAGCUUGUUCCGAUGCUCAGUGAACCACCGGAAGGAGAUCUGGGCACGGAGGAGGAGAACCCACAGUAUCUUCGUCUUGAUGACUACAAUGUAACGGAUGACGAAGACAUUCUGGACAGAAUCAUGAGAAACAGAUUUCUCUUGGGGUCAAAGGAUAGAGAUGAUGCUGGGGAAAAAGAUGAACCACCCUCAGAAAUGAGCGAAGUAGCUCCAGUAAUUCCUACUACAUCAGAUCAACAACCCGCAGACGAAAUUGAGACACCAGCCCCAGAAGAAAGGGAACUACAACAAUUUGAAAGCACACCAACAUUCCCAGAAGAAAUCGAACCAACCCCCCCAGAAGAAAUUGAACCUCCACCCCAAGAAGAAACCGAACCACCACUCCCAGAAGAAAUUGAACCUCCACCCCCAGAAGAAAUUGAACCUCCCCCACCAGAAGAAACUGAGCCACCCCCACCAGAAGAAAUCGAGCCACCACCUCCAGAAGAAAGCGAAACACAAACCCCAGAAAGCGAACCACCACCCCCAGAAGAAAUCGAACCACCACCACCAGAAGAAAGCGAACCUUCUCCACAAGAAGCUGUUGCACCUGUAGAGGAUGUAGUGCCAAAGGAGAGUGACGGGUGCAUCCGGGCUGAAAUGGAGAAAGAUACUCCCUGUGGCCUUGACACGUGUCGGAGUCGUUUUCUGACGAAGCUUGUUCCGAUGCUCAGUGAACCACUGGAAGGAGAUCUGGGCAUGGAGGAGGAGAACCCACAGUAUCUUCGUCUUGAUGACUACAACAUAACAGAUGAUGAAGAUAUUCUGGAUAGAAUGAUGAGGGACAAAUUUUUCUUGGGGCCAAAGAAUAGUAAUAGUGCUCAGAAAAGUGAAGAGAGUGAACCUCAAACCCCAGAAGAAACUGAACCCCCACACCCAGAAGAAACUGAACCACCGUCCCCAGAGGAAACCAAACCACUACCCCCAAAAGAAAGUGAACCACCACUUCCAGAAGAAAUCGAACCACAACCCCCAGAAGAGAGCGAACCACCACCCCCAGAAGACAGCGAACCACCUUUGCCACCAGAACAAAGCGAACCACCACCGCCAGAAGAAAGUGAAUCACCACCACCAGAAGAGAUUGAACCACCAUCCCCUGAAGACAUCGAACCAGCACCCCUAGAAGAAAUCGAUUUACAAACUCCAGAAGAAAUCGAACCGCCACCCCCAGAAGAAAUUGAACCACCACCCCCAGAAGAGAGUGAACCACCACCCCCAGAAGAAAGCGAACCACCACCACCAGAAGAAAGCGAACCUUCUCCACAAGAAGCUGUUGCACCUGUAGAGGACGUAGCGCCAAAGGAGAGUGAUGGGCGCAUCCGGGCUGAAAUGGAGAAAGAUACUCCCUGUGGCCUUGACACGUGUCGGAGUCGUUUUCUGACGAAGCUUGUUCCGAUGCUCAGUGAACCACCGGAAGGAGAUCUGGGCACGGAGGAGGAGAACCCACAGUAUCUUCGUAUUGAUGAUUACAACAUAAUGGAUGAUGAAGAUAUUCUGAACAAAGUCAUGAGACCCAGAUUUCUCUCGGGGUCAAAGGAUAAUGAUGGUGCUCCACCCCCAGAAGAAACCGAACCACCACCCCCAGAAGAAAUUGAACCACCACCCCCAGAAGAAUAUGAAUCACCACCACCACAAGAAGAUGUUGCACCUGCAGAUGACAUAGUGCCAGAGAAGACUGAAAUCAUGGCUGAAAUGGAAGACAAUACUUGCGGUGACCCCGACACGUAUCAGAGUCCUAUGCUAACGGAGCUUGUUGAGAAGCUUGGUGAACCACCAGAAGGAUUGGAAGGAGCGCUGUGCGAGUCAGAGGAUAACCCACUGGUGCUUCAGAGGUUCAUGGUCAGACAGGGUUCCAACGACUUCGAGGACUACACCACGCCUUCCCGACUAGCCCACGUGGGGGAAGGUGCUUGUAUAACAGAGACGGAUUCCGAUGGGCUCGUGGACUACACCGCAGAUGUUAUCGCUGAUGUGAUGGAACCAGAAUUGACGGCAACACUUCCCAUGAUGGAGACAGAUUCCGAUAUACCUGCAAAGGAUACCGAGGAUUCGGAGCCUGAUUUCAUGACACCUGUGCACAAAGAGGAAUUGAGAAAAGUGUUUGCAGACAAACUGGAAGAAGAACUGAUGAUGAAACUGGAAGACGAACCAAAAGAGGAAUUAAUGAUAGAGGAAUCAAAGGAAGAACCAGAGAUAGUGGAAACAGAGGAAGAACCGAGCACUAAACUGGAAGAAGAACUGACGGAGGAAUCAAAAGAGGAAUUGAUGAUAGAGGAAUCAAAGGAAGAACCGGAGAUAGUAGAAACAGAGGAAGAACCGAGCACCAGACUAGAAGAAGAACUGAUGGAGAAACAGGAAGAGGAACCAAAAGAGGAAUUGAUGAUAGAGGAAUCAAAGGAAGAACCGGAGAUAGUAGAAACAGAGGAAGAACCGAGCACCAGACUAGAAGAAGAACUGAUGGAAAAACAGGACGAGGAACCAAAAGAGGAAUUGAAGAUGGAGGAAUCAAAGGAAGAACCAGAGAUAGUGGAAACAGAGGAAGAAUCUGCUGCAGAACGUAAGUUUUCCGUGGCAGAUUCUGAUUUGUCUGACGGCUAUGCAGUCCCUUCACGACUAGCUCACACAGGGUUUGGUCCUGAUAUGCAGGAACCGGAAUUGGCAGCAGCACUUCCCACUCAAGAGAAAGAACCAGAUAUAGUGGAAACUGAGGAAGUACCAAGCACCAAACCGGAAGAAGAACUGAUGGAAAAUCAGGAAGAGGAAUUGAGUAUAGAGGAAUCAAAGGAAGAGCCGGAGAUAGUGGAAACAGAGGAAGAACCGAGCACCAAACUGGAAGAACUGACGGAAAAACAGGAAGAGGAACCAAAAGAGGAAUUGAAGAUAGAGGAAUCAAAGGAAGAACCGGAGAUAGUGGAAACAGAGGAAGAAUCUGCUGCAGAACGUAAGUUUUCCGUGGCAGAUUCUGAUUUGUCCGACGGCUAUGCAGUCCCUUCACGACUAGCUCACACAGGGUUUGAUCCUGAUAUGCAGGAACCGGAAUUGGCAGCAGCACUUCCCAUUCAAGAGAAAGAACCAGAGAUAGUGGAAACUGAGGAUGUACCAAGCACCAAACCGGAAGAAGAACUGAUGGAAAAUCAGGAAGAGGAACCAAAAGAGGAAUUAAUGAUAGAGGAAUCAAAGGAAGAGCCGGAGAUAGUGGAUACAGAGGAAGAACCGAGCACCAAACUGGAAGAAGAACUGAUGGAGAAACAGGAAGAGGAACCAAAGGAGGAAUUGAAGAUAAAGGAAUCAAAGAUAGUGGAAAUGAAGCAAGAAAUUUGCACCCCUGCCAAGAAACUGCCGGUUGAGACAAAAGGAAGAAAGAACAGUGCGGGAGACUAUGAGAAUCCUGAGCUGAUUCUGCGCAAGUUGCAGAAAGUCCACGUCAACAAGGCCAAGAUGGAAACCCCUACGAAAGCAUCAGAAAUAAUGGAUGAGUUGAAGCGGUUGAACAGCCUGCUGGUUGAUGACCAGCGCAGGCUGUUUGAGGAGAGUCUAUGGGGCAAGGAGGCCAUCCAUGAGAUCAUGAAGCUCGAGGAACUCAAGUCCAUCCUCGAGAGGCAGGUCGACGCCGGGGGUGACGGCUCCAUUCCUAACAAACAGCUGAACAUGUUCCAGUUGGAGCUGGACGACCGAGAACAGCUGCUGAUGAAGAUCAUGACGCUGUACCACCAGUGUGAAUCCGAGCUGCAGGCCACACAACAGGAGCUCUUCUACCUGCAAGAAUACAUCGCAAUGUUGGAGACACAGUACACCCAGUCUGAGGAUUUGAACCGGGAGGCUGUGGAUGAGCUGAAGAAGAAGGCGGAGAUAAUCGUGUGCCUCCGGACAGAGCUGCAACAGGUGAAGUGCAUCCUCGACCAGGCCCAGCUGCAGAACGAGCAGCUCCGGACAAAGAUCAAACAGCUAAUGGAGGACAUCAAGAAACUCACAAUCGACAAGAAGGACCUGGAGGCCAAGAUCGACAGGGAGCGCUUGACUUCGGAGGAGGUGGAGCGGGUGUACCGGCAGACGAUGGAGGAGCUGGUUCAGAAAUGUAACUUGCUGGUGGCGCUCGAGAUGGAAGUGCAGCAGGCCAAGAAUCUGCUUGGCAACGUCGAGGAGACGCGCACCAUGCUGCAGAAGAACAUUGAGGAGCUCACAGUGCACGUCACGCAGGCCACGUCCAUGCACGAGAGUGUCGAGGUGACCAUCGCACGGGAGCGGGCAUCGAUGGCCAAGCGGAGGUUGAGUGCAUCCGUGAUAAAGGAACAGCAUGAUAUGAAACUGCAGCAGCUCGAAGCUAUGAAUCGGGAUCGUGCCUUACUGCUGAAGAACAUUGCUGAUGAGAGAGACAAGUCGGAGAAGCUACGGGAGGCCCUCGAUAAGAAGGAGAACUCUGUGGAGGACCAGGUGAGCCAGCUGACGACGUCGCAGCAGGAGAUCGACCGGCAGCUCGAGGAGAUGGCCAUGCUGAAGGAACGCGCCGAGCAGCUCGAGAAGGAGAAGGCUCUCGUCCUCACAGAUUACAACAACCUGUGCAAGCAGCUGGACGAGAAGGGCCAGGAGCUGUCAGACAUGCAGGACUCAUACGACCUCAAGAUCGAGAGCAUGAAGAACGUCGUCAUGCUGCAGCAGACCGGCCGCGAGCAGAUCACCAAGUCCUACAAGAUUGCCAUCACGAGCGCCAGAGACGAGAUCAAGAGUCUGAAUGUGGUGAUGAGACACAAGGAGGUCCAGCUCCAGUCGUACAGUGGGGCGCUCCAGGAGCUGCAGGAGAUCUUCAUGUACAGCUUCUUCAAGUCCUCCAACAUCCAGAGUUAACACGUGCCUCGGGAACGUACACGGCUAUCUCAGAUACCCGGUCCAAGCUUUUUGCAUGUAUAUUUUAUUAUGUGUAUUUGCAUAACUUUAUUUAUAAAAUUAUAUAUUUUAUAUCUUCUGUACAUUAUUUGAUAUUUUCUGUACAUUGACAAAAAAAAUAAUAAUAUAUAUUUAAAAAUCUAAAAAAUAUAAUAUUGUCUGUUGAAUAAAUGUGAGUUCCAUUUGAUAUAACCUGUCUAUAUCGGUAUCUGAUCUCCAUUUACUAAAACAUAUAUUGUAUACUCCAGUGUAGUAGAAAAUACUCCUGCCAUUUUGGGUUUUUUCCAUCUUGUCAUCAGUAUGGCCAUUUUCUGAAUGGCAUGUGACCAAUAUUUACCAGUUUACAGUCACAUUGGCUUCAAAACAGUCUAUUGAGUUGAUCAGUGUCUGUUGUAGACAGGUGGUUCUUAUUUAGAGGGACUCUUUUUAGCAGUUUUAUUGUACAUAGUUCAGUUUUAUAAAAUAUUUAUCAUGAAAGGAUGAACACUGUAAAAGAUUGAAUUUUUAUACUGGUCUUUCAUGUACAUACAAUAUAUUCUGAGUGAAAAAGCGAAACAUAUAGAAAGGUUUUUGUACUAACCAUCAAAAUAAGUGAAAACAUUUAACAAAUAAGACUGAGACAAAUCGUAACAAAUAUUCGUUUUAUUCCUGAGAACAAUACAAUAAUGUAUACAUCAUCACAAUAUGGUGAUUUUUGAUUAAAUAUGAUUAUCACUUUACAACAAUAUUUAUGAGUGCUGGUGAAUUAUUUAUUUUAAGGUACUAACUGUUAUAAGUAUACAUGUUUUUAUCACUAUUACUAAUGAAUAUAUUUUUUUUAUGUAUGAUAAAACAUGCUACAAUUUUGUAUGUAUGUUAAAGUUUACAACAACCAUAUUUCCGAGUGCUGGUAGUUUAUUAAAUUUAAGGUGCUAACAAUAUUAUAAGUAUACAUUUUUAUCAGUGUUACUAAUGAAUAUUUAUAUGUUUAAUAAAACAGUCUACAUCAA